CUGAAAAGCCUUCAAGAAAAUACAAAAAAUAAAAAAACAUUAUCAAAUUUCGAAAUGAAUUCCAUCCUUGCUAUCGUUCUCUCCAUUGGGGCGCUGAGCUUCGCACACGCUGCCGCCGCUCAAAAAGAUAUUCCCGGAUUCAAAUAUCUCGGUACGUCUGAGGUGCAGCAAUCUGGGAUUGGAAUUAACGGAGUUGGAAUAAUGGCGUCUUAUUACCUUUCACGAGAUUCCGCCAACUGGGUCACCGCCUUCUCAAACUGUAACGACAUUGGAGGACGUUUGGCAUACCCGAUGAAUCCUGUCGCCAACGACGAGCUGCGACGUUUCCUUGUCGUGGAAGAUUUAAGAGCCAACGCGUGGAUUGGGGCAAGGUCAACGGGGACAAAUUGGAUUUGGGAGUCUAACUUCAACACAGCGAUGUCUUGGUCGAGUUGGGCGUCUGGUUGCGGUACCGGGUACAACGCUUGCGGAUAUUUCAUCUCCAAUGGAGGAACCUGGUGCCACGCGGGUUGCUCAAGCACCAUGUCGUACAUUUGCCAAUUUUAAUUGUACAAACAUUAAUUCAUUACUUGUCAUGCAGAGAAAGUUAAAUAAAAACCUGUUAAGAAACAUGGGUAUUUUUUAUU